CACACCCCAAUAAAUCAGUGUAGCUUCCGCGUCCUGCUUUCCAUGUCUCUCUCUCUCAGUCCCAUCGAAUCAGCCGAAAACUUCAACAGAUAAUACGGAUUAGCUGCGUUUCUCUUCGCCCGUUUCCUUCUUCAGUCACCAUCACUGCAAAUCAUCCAUCUCUCUCUGUAGCCUUUGAAGCUUUCAAUGAGCUAAAAACCACAGUAUCUCUCUACUUCUACCAGUAAAUGCGGGCUCUCUCUCUCUCUCUCUCUCCUGUGUUUUCACUAUCGUUUCUCAGAGUUGAAUGAUUGAAUCUCUGCUUCUGCAUUACUAGAUUCCGUAAACACAAACACAAAACACCAAAACAUAAAAGAGAAAAAUGGUUCGUGUAGGAAUCAUUGCUGAACAGAAGAAUCAAGUUGGUGGAACGGUGUGUUUUUUUUUUUUUGGGUUGGUGUUAGGGUGAUGCUGAAAUGGAGGCGAGAAUGAAGAAGUACAGACAAGUGAGUCCGGAGAGAGCAAAAGUGUGGAAAGAGAGGUCGCCGAAGUACCAGCAGAAUCGGAAAGUGCCUGUGGUUUAUUAUCUCUGUAGGAAUCGCCAGCUUGAACAUCCUCACUUCAUUGAAGUCCCUUCCUCUUCGCCGGACGGUCUCCAUCUGAGAGAUGUGAUUGAGAGGCUUAAUGUGUUGAGGGGCAGAGGGAUGGCUUCCAUGUACUCAUGGUCCUGCAAGAGAAGCUACAAAAAUGGAUUUGUUUGGCAUGACCUCAGCGAGGAUGACCUAAUUCUUCCUGCUCAUGGAAAUGAAUACGUUCUCAAAGGUUCUGAACUCUUUGAAGAAACGAAUUCAGAUCGUUUUGCCCCGGUUGGAACCAUGAAAAUUCAAAAUUUGAAACAAUUGCCAGAACCUGCAUCUUCUAGAUGUCAAGAUGAUUCCUUAUCUUCUUCAAGCAUGAAUGGGAAGGAAACAAAGAAUUGUCAGGAUGAUGAACUGUCCCCUCCGCUUCAGCGUUCUGGUUCCUCUGGUGUGUCACCAGAGUCUAGAAAUGGCAAGAAUUCCUCAUGGAAUGGUUCUCUAAGCUUGACAGAGUACAGGGUUUACAAGAGUGAUGGAUUAGCAGAUGCUUCAACGCAGACUGAGGAAAAUUUGAGCAGAGCUAAAUCCCGAGAAACUUGUACAAGGGGUGUUUCAACUGAUGAUGGCUCAUUAGAACAUGAAUGCAAUGAUAAUUACCAAAACCGGGUUCCAAGUGUUAAGGAGAUCUCUGAUAUAAGUGAGAGUUCAGUUUCCCCUCCACCGUCAUCCUCUGGUGCAUCUUCAUCAGGUGGAAAGACUGAAACUUUGGAGUCCCUAAUUAGGGCUGAUGUUAAUAAAAUCAACAGUUUUAGGAUCCUUCAAGAGGAAGAAAUUCGAAUGCCAGCCAAUGCAAGGCUCAAAGCUACUAAUAUGUUAAUGCAAUUGAUCUCCUGUGGGUCAAUUUCAGUGAAAGAUCACAGUUUUGGACUUGUACCAACCUACAGGCCAAGGUUUUCUCAUUCAAAAUUUGCUUCUCCAUUGUUCUCAACUUCAUUAAUGUUAGGGGAGCUUGAUUGUCUCUCAGAGAAUCCAAGGUUGAUGGGUCUGAGAUUGGAAGACAAAGAAUAUUACAGUGGGAGCCUUGUCGAGACAAAAAUGCUUAAGGAAGAAGGAGAUGGACUGAAUACUCUGAAGCGAUCUUCUUCCUACAACGCUGACAGUACCUGUAAGCAAAUAGAUUCAGCUGAGAACAACGAUGAGUCAACCUCGGGACGCUCAAAAUGCAUUCCAAGAUCUAAGAAAGCCUCAAUAAGCAAGCAACCAAGAAGUGAAUCAAUCAGAUCACCCCUUUCUGAUAAACCUCGAAACUCUUCUGAUGAGGCCAAUGGCUCUGAAUCCAUACACAGUAGCACAUCCAACAGCAGCAGCAAAAGAAUCACAGAACCUGUCUCGGGCAAAAAGCAAUCAAAGAAACUUGAUUCCUUCAGAGAAGGGAAAGAGAAAGUGAUCAAAAUAGAAGAAAGGCUUGCUUCAGGAGCUCGGGUUAUAAUCCAAUCCAAAGCGCCAUGUGAUGCAGCUGUUUGCAGCUCAUAGAGCACAUUUAAAAGGCAAAAAUCCAUGGUAAAGAAAUUGUUUCCAUUUGGCAAAAAAUCAUGUUAAAUGUGUAAAAGCAAAAAAUACUGGUUUGCCUUGGUUUGAAAUUCAUGUUAAAUCCUCUUUUAACUUGGUUUGAAAUUCAAAUGAUGGUGAUUUCUUGGCGGGUCCAA